GUUUUUUCUCAUCUUUAUCUUUGGAGAUCCUAUUCUUUUGUGAAAUAAAUCAAAUUACUGGAUCCGAUAAUUGGCGAGGUAAACCCAUCAAAAGAGGAGAAAGAAGAACGAUAUCAAGUAGACCUCGGAUCUUUCAAAGCUUCCUUGCUUCAGGGUAUACGAAGACAAAGUUAUUUCUCUCUCCCUCACAAAUCAUAGAUAGGAAAGAGUUAAGAGUGGCUCUGUUUGCUGAUUCCUACGAAUCCAUUCAGAGACAAGAAAAGGAAUCUUGUGAUUCAAUCGUUCUGUGUAAAAAAUCAACUGUAGGACUGUGAUUAAUUCAAGGUUGAUCAUAUUUAUAAGAGUUAGAGAGGAUAGAGAAAGAGAAUGUUUUGGAAAUAUACUAAAGUGGAAUAUUAGGGUUGGAGAAAAACGUCGAUUUCUGUCGUUGACAUGAGCAACAAGCAACCAGUCGAGUUAGACGACGAACAAAUCGCAGAGCUGCGUGAAAUCUUUCGUUCUUUUGAUCGGAACAAUGAUGGCAGUCUAACUCAACUUGAGCUCGGAUCGCUCUUACGGUCACUUGGUCUAAAACCAAGCCCGGAACAGCUCGAAACCCUGAUUCAAAAGGCUGACAAGAACAGCAACGGAAUUGUUGAGUUCUCGGAAUUCGUGGCGCUUGUGGCGCCGGACCUUCUUCCGGCUAAAUCUCCAUAUACAGAAGACCAGCUAAGGCAGCUGUUUGGGAUGUUUGAUAGAGAUGGAAAUGGUUUUAUCACGGCUGCCGAGUUGGCUCACUCCAUGGCCAAGUUGGGCCAUGCGCUUACUGUGGAGGAGUUGACGGGGAUGAUCAAGGAGGCCGAUACGGAUGGAGAUGGGAGGAUUAAUUUCCAGGAGUUCUCACAUGCCAUAACUUCUGCUGCAUUUGAUAAUUCAUGGUCUUGAAAUGAAACAUGGGAUUUGGUUUUGGUUGGACAAACUUUCGCGCCCGCUGCAUGUCGAUGACCCAUUCGGACAUGCUCAGAAAACUAACUACAAGUUUAAGUUUAUGCAGUGGUUGAUUCCUUUCAUUCAUGAACCAUAUUUUUGCAUGACAAAUGCUGCAGCAUGUAUAUAUUCCUUUCUGACAUUAUCUGUUAGUAUAUAUGUUGGGUGUCUGUAUUUCCUCAAUCUGCUCCCACUUCUAAUUAGCUCAAGAUAUCUUCCCAAUGAUCUUAGGUUUAUAAGCACUUUGUCUUGAUUAAUUUCAUCCCUUUGGUUUUAGAGAUAUUGCAGUGUUAGUAACUUAGCAUUAUUGAUCGUUAACUGUUUUCAUUGAAGCUCAAAACAUGAGAACUAUCGUGUAAUUCGAAUUUCCUUCUUUUUGUUGAA